GUGACGAUCAUGCGAAUAGUUUGGAAAUGAACGCUGCAAAGAUGGUAAACUGAGACUAGGCCUUGUGGCAGGAAUGUGAGACACCAGGACAGUCCUUCCUUCACGACUCAAAACUGCCAUUCUUCAUUCUUUGAGAUGAGAUUUGUGAAGAACAGAAGGGACAAGAUGGCAUCCUGGGAUGACAUUUCCCUACAGGAAUCUUUCUGAUAUGGAGUUGACGAUUUCAUGUUGACGGGACAUUACCUAAUACUGGACCUCAUAAUUAUAAGAAAACACAUCAUAUUGACGGACGUUGACCAAUGCUCAUGACGCCGUCAAAAUGGCCGGCCACAAGCCUACCUUCCUUGAACGCAAGAGGGCGCUGGACAUAGCCAAGAAUCCCAUUCGAUCGAAAUUUGGUGAUCAGAUAUUGCGCAAUAGUGAUGACAGCAGACUGUUAAUCAGUAGGAUCGAAAAGAUUGAUAAAUAUUUUAAACGGGCGCAACGCGCCAUAGAAAACGACAAGAAGAGAUUCUUGGAUUCGCGAGAAAUGAACAAGAUCGAACCCACGAUUAUUGUAGAGCGCGGUCCAUCUGUUGAGACGUUACUACGCCAUCAUUACGGUGAGGCGGCGAUGAGUAGAGAAGGUCCGCGAUAUAUGAAAAAUACCGCGUCCACUUACAAAUCGCCGUCUGUUUUGCCCACCAUUGAUAUGUUUGUUGUGAAAAAGAAACGAAAGAAAAACACCUGGGAAGACGCGUCACCGGAAAAGUUGGAACACCCUGUUUUUCAUAGUGUCAUCCCCGCAGGUCGUCUGUCUGAUGACGAGAAGAAAGUCCUGCAUCGUGGUUGGUCGUUUCAUCAGGAGGCUUCCGAUAGGGGCGCCAAAGAGGCCCAAAAGGUGAACAGGGAGAAAUCUUUGGAUCAUUUACCACGAGAUAUCAGAAGCGCGAUUGGGCGGGUGAAGGGGGUCGAUUACGUCCAACUUGAGGUCGCAGACAACAACAGAAGGUCGGAGGACCAGGAUGACUCAAAAUGCACCUCAUCGGCUGUCUUUGUGACGCAGCUCUACAGGCGAGAUUCCGAGGAACUUCCAAAAGCUCCUCUUGAAACUUCGAAGCAAGGUGAAGCUAGAUUUGAGCAAAAAGGACUUUCUUCGAAAUCCGUCAAGUUUUCGGAGGAUAUAGAAGUACAGGAGUUUGACAGAAAAGGCGCUGUUACCGCGGGUAGUGCUAAAAUGCUGAAACGACGCGUCGGGAGGAUAGAAAUUUCGGACAAAAAAGAUGAGACUCUUCCUCCGAUUCAUCCGAAUAAAUUUGCGGAUGUGAAACCGCGUUAUAACAAUCAUGCUCUCGCGGGAAGCGAGACUAUCGCGGUACUUCAUAGCAGCGUGAGGAAACCAGACCAGGAGAGGCAGACGUCUGCUCGAUCUGGCCGCCAGGGUUCGCCACGGUCGAGCAGGGUCACGCCAUCCGAGCGGUCUAGCUUUGUGUCGCCACCGGCUGUUCGGGUCUUAGAAGCUUCGCCGACAUAAAAAACUAACAUCGCAGUAAAACAGUGCCCGUGGUGUCGAGCCACAGACGGAAACACGGGAGUUACGAUACCUAUUGUGUGCUUAAGGUUUGUGUAAAAUAAGCCCAUUAAAGGGGGUCUACAGGUGAUGAGGGGUCUCCAGUCUGCCAAUAUCCAUUGUUAGGAAACACGGUUUGACCUAACAUAAAGUAUAUAUCCUUGUACAAGCCCGAGUCGUGUACUGUCAGCUAUGAGAGACAUCUUGCGGCGACCUUGGGUAUUACUUAAUCAGAUCCACCUGGCUCUUGUCUGUCGUCUCCCUUGAAGAGAUAAACGGAUUUCGUAAAA